AGAGAGAGAGAGAGAGAGAGAGAGAGAGAGAGAGAAUUGUGGGUGGUACGACCCCCCCCCCCCCGUACGUUGCCCAGAGCCAUGAAUUACUCCAAACUGAGCACGGACCCGGCGUCUGCUGCUAACGGAAGCCUGGUAGAUGGGCUCCCAGGCCAGGCUUUCAACUUCUCCUGCCCCCUGGGCUUGGGCCAAAACGAGCCACUGGAGGCCUGUGUCCUGGAGACGGUGGUCAUUGUCCUGAUGACGGUGCUCAUCAUCGCCGGAAACCUGACGGUCAUCUUUGUGUUCCACUGUGCCCCGCUGCUACACCACUACACCACCAGCUACUUCAUCCAGACCAUGGCCUACGCCGACCUGCUGGUGGGGCUGAGCUGUCUGGUGCCCACACUGUCCCUGCUCCACUACCCUGCCAGCGUCCAGGAGCCCCUCGCCUGCCAGGCCUUCAGCUACGUCAUCUCUGUCCUCAAGAGCGUGUCUAUGGCCUGCCUGGCCUGCAUCAGCGGGGACCGCUACCUUGCCAUCACCAAGCCACUGUCCUACAACCAGCUGGUGACUCCUUGCCGCUUGCGCUGCUGCAUCGCCCUCAUCUGGCUCUAUUCCAGCCUGAUCUUCCUGCCCUCCUUCUUUGGCUGGGGCAAGCCCGGCUACCACGGCGACAUCUUUGAGUGGUGUGCCCGCUCAUGGCCCACCUCGGCCCUCUUCACAGGCUUCGUGGUGUGCCUGUUGUACGCGCCGGCUGCCCUCGUGGUCUGCUUCACCUACUACCACAUCUUCCGCAUCUGCCAGCAGCACAACCGAGAGAUCAGCGAGCGCCGGGCCAGGUUCCCCAGCCAGGAGAUGGAGGCCGUAGAGCGGGGAGGCAGUGGGGGGAGCCAGGGGGGGCACGGGCCCGACCGGAGCUACGCCAUGGUCCUCUUCCGUAUCACCAGCGUCUUCUACAUGCUAUGGCUGCCCUACAUCAUCUACUUCCUGCUGGAGAGCUCCCAUUUGCUGGACAGCCCCGCCCUCUCCUUCAUCACAACUUGGCUGGCCAUUAGCAAUAGCUUCUGCAACUGCGUUAUCUACAGCUUGUCCAAUAGCGUGUUCCGCCUGGGCAUGCGCAGCCUGUCGCAGACCAUUUGUUCCUUUAGCCACUGCUCAGCGGACGACCGGGACUUUAGACAGCCCAAGCCCAGGAAGAGAUCCAACUCCUGCUCCAUUUGAAAGAGGGAUCCUCAACGGAUGACUUUUCUUGAACCUGCAAAUAACAAACUAUCUGGCGCUGGGGAAUGUUGAGCAGUGAGUUGUUCAGGGCUGAACCUGAUGAACAGUAUUCUUGUUGUGAUAGUCUUAGUGGACAUUGGCAAGACUGUUGUCAUGUUUAACAGGGAUUUAUUUGCAUCAAGAGCUCAUGAAGAUAGAUAGAUCCUUUAAUAAUCCUUUACAGGAAAUUACAGAAGCAUAUGUAGUGUCCAAACAGGCGGGAGACAGAAACUCUGUGGCUCCCUUUAAUCUGCGGUGUUGCUUUUUUAGUUAGAACCCCCACAUAGAAACUAGUUGCAGCAUGGCUGUCGUCUAAUGCUCAAUUCUCCCUCGGUGUCCUCUGCUAGCCCAUAGGAAGUCACCACCGUAAAUUGUGAAAGAUUCACAAACAUUGCCAUUAAAUCGUCAAAUGAGACCACACGAUUAAUUGUAUGUUGAUUUUGGUAGAAGAUUGAUGUGGGUGAUGUUGAAGUUUUUCUAUAUCAUUUUUUAGAUUGAAUCUAAAUUGCCCUGCAACAGCAAGUUUGCAUUCUCCCUAUGAUUAGCAUUAGCCUACAGGUCCUUAUUAACACACAUUCCCCUGGCGUAACAAGGUAAUAAAUCGUUUACAACCACAUUGGCGUUUCAACUGUACAAGCACAAGUGAGGUAAACCGUUUCCUUACUGUUAGAGAGCAGAUGGUGUUUGUGGCUAUGACUGUUGUUUCCUAAUGGAAGUAAGCACUGCUCUACUCUUGGAGGACUGGUCCCCCAGCAGGUCUGCUUGGUUCAGGGUCCGUCUACUCGUAUUGAGGCAGAAGUCCCUGGGUGGUGGUGGUAAGGGGCGGGUGUUGGUAGGGGUUGGUCGGUAAGAUUUUGGGGCUAAAGAAGAGCCUGUUAGAAAAGAUUCAGGGAAAGUGUGAUUUAGUGUGUGUUAGUGGCAGCUUUGGGUAUCUUAGGGAAAACAAAAGGGUGUAGAGGUUAGCUGGGUCAAAUCAGCGUGGGGCUUGGCUCGAUGUUUCUUUGUGUAUCACUUUCCGUAGACAUUGUAAUUCGAGGCCGGCCUCGCAUGUCUGGUUUUUAUACUAUAUCCAAUUAAUCAGCACUAGAAGAUUAUUUGGAUUUGGUCAAUUCUAUUCUAUUGAAAAGGUGGGUAGUUGUGCUCCUUGUCCUGUACUGCUCCUCCAUAUUUGUUUCUAUCCUUAACUCGCUUACGUGCCAAGACUGUUACCAGGUCACCAGGGGUCUGUAGGACACGCCACGGCCCGCCCACGCCAUGCCGUCAUGUGGCGUUCAGAAGAUUUAGGUGUCGUAAAGAUUGCCUUUGGAUCUGAUCUGUUAGCAUCCAACCGGCUCCUUAGUUGGACAUAUUCAUAUUCAUCAAGAUAGGGCUAUCUGAUUGUUUAAGGUUAAGUCAAAUCUAAAUUUGAAUAAUUUUGAAAUUUCCUUUAUUCCUGUAUUUUCGUCGAUCUUUUGGGAUGCUUUCUGUUUGGCAAGAAACAGAAAUGGUUGAAGUAACAAGGCUUAUAUUGAGACUAUUGAAGUCAUUAAAUUGUACCAUUUUGGGGAAAUGGUCCUCUCCUGGGUCCAUUCCAGAUUAUUCUUUUUAAACUGUAUGUGCGUAACAAUGUUGAUUCAUGAUUUUUUUUGUCCGUGAGCUAAUGGAAAGAAAAGUAUCCCUGGAGGAAAUCCAUUAUUUAGUUCAGAAAGAAAAAGAAGUGUGUAUUUUGUUCCAUCUCUCUCUUGCUGGUCCGUGGCUUCAGAGUUUGAUGAGGUCUCACAACCUUAUCCUAGUCCAACCAUAUUCUACAAGCUUACUUUUACCAUUCCUACCCUUCCUUCCUCUCGUUUUUUAUUCAUCAGCAUUUAAUGUACGUUUAGAGUUCUCGUGGACAAUAGAGAGAAAUGCAAAGGUUGGUAUCUAAGCACUGUGUCGUCAGAUAAUAGAGGCAAACUAGUGAUAUUAAAGAUCGCAUAUAGGCAUAUAGCCCAGGCAUUGCAGCUACCAAAAUAACAUUGGAACAUACGUGUGUGUGUGUGUGUGUGUGUGUGUGUGUGUGUGUGUGUGUGUGUGUGUGUGUGUGUGUGUGUGUGUGUGUGUGUGUGUGUGUGUGUGUGUGUGUGUGUGUGUGUGUGUGUGUACAGUCUGUAUGUUUAUGUAUAUAUGUAUAUGUGCAUGUAUAUGUAGGCCUGUCACGAUAACAAAUUUUUCUGGGCGAUUAAUUGCCCCAGAAAUUAUUGCGAUAAGCGAUAAUAUUGCAGUUUUUCAACUAAUAUAAUGAUAAUUGCAUAAUAAUGCAGGUACACCCUUUCGAGGAUCAAUAAACUUUUAUUUUUAAAGAAUAAUGAAACUGGACGUCUGGAAGACGUUUCAAAUAUCCAGAAUAAAUUAACAAAACAAACAAAAACAAUAAAUAAAAUGGACUCUAUUUUAACAAAC